GCGCGCGUCGUCAAUGCGUGCGUGCGCUCGGCUGUCAUGGAGCUUCAAGUGGAGCCGAGCGUCGUCGCUGUCACCGCGCUAGCCCUGUUGGUGGCCGCCGCCGUUCUCCUCCGCCGAAGGAAUAGAAAGACCGACUCCCCGGUCGUCCGGUCCCCGUUGACCGCCGCCUCAGUCACGCACGCCGGCGCAGACGAUGAGCCUCCGUCCAGACGUUUGGCAGCUGAGCUUCAGGCGGGCCCACAACCUGAAGCGGUUUCCAGAAAGGAUUCAGAACCUGUUCAAGAAUCCCAGUCAGAAGACAACUUAGUUGAACCAGUUUGCAGAUCAGAACCUGUCUCACAAUCUGCGUCUUUCCAGGAAACUGUUUCAGUGCCAGACCCACUUAUAGAAGCACAGACAAAACCCAUAGUUUCAGAGCUUUUGCCAGAUGAAUUUGGCUCUGAAUCUGAGCUAGUUUUAGCAUCACCUUCAGGGCAGGAAACUGCUGUCGCCGAAUCAGAGCCAGAGCAAGAACCUGUGCUUGACCAACCUUCAACAUCAGAAACAGUCUCUCAGCCAGUACCUGUACUUGAAACGCUUUCAGCACCAGAUCCAGUUCAAGAAACUAAACCUCAGCUAGAACCUCUUUCAACACCAGAACCUGUCCCUCAGCCAGAAUCUUUACAUGAAACACCUUUAGCACCAGAGCCACUUCCAGGAACAGUUACUCAACUAGAGUCUGCCAUAGAACCAUGUUGUACUCUGGAACAAGUCUACAAAUCCACCGUCAACGCUGUACCAGAACAACUUCCGGAUGCAGAAUUGUGCUCCAAACCAAAACCAGAAGUGGUUAUCCAACCCGAAUCUGCCAUAUUAUCCUGUCACACUCUGGAACAAGAUUCUGAAUAUCCCGUUGAAACGGUACCGGAACAACUUCCGGAUGCAGAACCCUCUUCAGAACCAAAACUAGAUGCUGUCGCACCAGUUUCUAUGCCUGCUUCAGUGGCACGUGGGGUCCCAGAAGUAGAGCAGUCCAUAAAACCAGUUUCAGAACUACAGCCUCUUGUCCAGUCAGAACCAGAACCUCACAAUGACCUAAGGGCUGUGCCUGAACAACUUCCAGGGACCGUGGGUGAACCUGUGCAAGUGCUGUCGCUAAGAUCCGAACAGGAGAAACUCCCGGCGGCUGACGUGGUGGCGCCAGCGGACGAGCAAGCGGAACUGGAGCUAAAUGGCGCGGCGGGAGAAGAUGAAAAAGUGACAUUCACGCCUGGAAAGAAAGCCAACAAGAUGGUGACGCUGAUGAGCAAGGAGGAACUGGAGGAAGAGCAAAGGGUGCAACAGGAGCAGUUGGCGGCCAUUUUCUUGCUCCUGAGGGAGAACGCCGAGGCACUGGGCGAGGUGACUGAGGGCGACAUGGAGGAACAGCUUAAGCUCUACUCGCUGUGACCUGCUUGAGUUCCCUUCCAGCGUUUCAACCAGCUUGUUUGCAAAGUGGUAAAAUAGAAACAGAAGUUGUCUUAUUUGAACAAAAAUUGUUGGAAAACAAAGGGUGAGCUUUUUGUUACACAACAACACGACUUCCUUACAAACUGACGCGCUACACGAUGAAGGAACAUUUUGUAGUGCAGUAGGAAUGUGGAGAGAGGUGUCAAUUUUUUCACAUGUACAUUUUAAAGUGUGGUGGGCCAGGAGUGCUAAAAUUAAAUCCUGCACAGCAAUGCCCCCCCACAGUAUUUAAUUAUACAUGCCAUUUUUUUUUUCAUUUAUUCAAAUUUAUUUUGGCUUCUAUAUUUCAAUUUUUCAGUUUUAUGUAUUUCAUUAUGUCAAUUAAAUUCAAAUAUCGAAAUAAACUCUGAAAAACUGGUUGAUUGUUGAAAUAAAGUUUUAAAUGUUGGGAAAAAAAUAACACUGAC